GAUUCCCAUGCCUUCCUUCUUGGCUCUCUGUCAUUGGUCACUCUGCCCACAGGUGUGCCCACUAUAUAGGGAGAUUCCGGUACCUUCCUUCUUCUCUCUCUGUCAUUGGUCACUCUGCCUACAGGUCUGCUCAGUAUACUGGGAGAUUCCCGUGCAUUCCUUCUUGGCCCACUGUCAUUGGUCACACUGCCUACAGGUGUGCCCACUAUACUGGGAGAUUCCCGUGCCUUCCUUCUUGGCUCUCUGUCAUUGGUCACGCUGCCAACAGGUGUGCCCACUAUACUGGGAGAUUCCCGUGCCUACAUUCUUGGCUUUCUGUCAUUGGUCACACUGCCUACAGGUGUGCCCACUAUACUGGGAGUUUCCCGUGCCUUCCUUCUUGGCUCUCUGUCAUUGGUCACACUGUCUACAGGUCUGCCCAGUAUACUGGGAGAUUCCCGUGCCUACCUUCUUCGCUCUCUGUCAUUGGUCACUCUGCGUACAGGUGUGCCCAGUAUACAGGGCGCUUCUGUCCCUUUCCUCUUGGCUCUCUGUCAUUGGUCACUCUGCCUACAGGUGUGCCCAGUAUACAUGGAGUUUCCCGUGCCUUCCUUCUUGGCUCACUGUCAUCGGUCACACUGCCAACAGGUGUGCCCAGUAUACUGGGAGAUUCUGGUGCCUUCCUUCUUGGCUCACUGUCAUUGGUCACACUGCCAACAGGUGUGCCCAGUAUACUGGGAGAUUCCGUUGCCUUCCUUCUUGGCUAACUGUCAUUGGUCACACUGCCAACAGGUGUGCCCAGUAUACUGGGAGAUUCCGGUGCCUUCCUUCUUGGCUCACUCUUAUUGGUCAUACUGCCAACAGGUGUGCCCAGUUUACUGGGAGAUUCCCAUGCCUUCCUUCUUGGCUCUAUGUCAUUGGUCACACUGCCUACAGGUGUGCCCAGUAUACUGGGAGAUUCCUGUGCCUACCUUCUUGGCUCUCUGUCAUUGGUCACUCUGCCUACAGGUGUGCCCACUAUAUAGGGCGCUUCCUGUCUCUUCCCCCUUGGCUCUCUGUCAUUGGUCACUCUGCGUACAGGUGUGCCCACUAUAUAGGUCGCUUCCUGUCUCUUCCCCCUUGGCUCUCUGUCAUUGGUCACUCUGCCUACAGGUGUGUCCACAAUAUAGGGAGAUUCCCGUGCCUUCCUUCUUGGCUCUCUGUCAUUGGUUACUCUGCCAACAGGUGUGCCCAGUAUACAAGGAGUUUCCCGUGCCUUCCUUCUUGGCUCUCUGUCAUUGGUCACUCUGCCCACAGUUGUGCCAGGUAUACAGGGAGAUUCCCGUGCCUUCCUUCUUGGCUGUCUGUCAUUGGUCACUCUGCCUACAGGUGUGCCCACUAUACUGGGAGAUUCCCGUGCCUACCUUCUUGGCUCUCUGUCAUUGGUCACUCUGCCUACAGGUGUGCCCACUAUACUGGGAGAGUCCCGUGCCUACUGUAA